GUUGAACCCAUUUCCGUUGCGACGGUGAAAGUUGUCCGACAGAAACGACAAAAAUGUAUCCAUUGAAUCGAAGUUUGAUAAGUUGCGCUGUUUGUUAACUCUUAAACUUGUAUUUGUUCAUAUAUAUAUGCGGAAUGUCAAAUUAAUGUUAGCUAAAACUAGCUUGUCAAAAAUGAAUGCUAAAACGGCGUCGUGGAUAUCUGCUGUGUUUUUACUGUCAGUGGCGGCAGCAGAUGAGAUGCUGAAUAUACCAGGCGGAAAGAUGUUAAUGGGAACCAGUGCAGCUGAUGGGAGAGAUGGAGAAUCCCCCACCAGGGAGGUUGAACUGCAGCCUUUUAAAAUGGACAAAUACCCUGUAACAAAUGCAGAUUUCAGAGACUUUGUGAGAGCAGACAAGUACAAAACUGAAGCUGAGACGUUUGGGUGGAGUUUUGUGUUUCAAGACUUUGUGUCAGAAGAGCUGAAGAGCAAAGUCACACAGAGAAUUGAGUCUGCUCCUUGGUGGUUGCCUAUAGAACGGGUGUUUUGGAGACAGCCUGCAGGACCUGGUUCAGGCAUACGUGAGCGCCUGGGCUUCCCGGUGGUCCAGGUGAGCUGGAAUGAUGCUCAGGCCUUCUGCCGGUGGAAGGGCAAGAGACUGCCCACUGAGGAGGAGUGGGAGUGGGCUGCACGCGGGGGGCUGCAAGGUCGGACUUAUCCGUGGGGAAACAAGUUCCAGGCCAACAGAACCAACCUGUGGCAGGGAUCGUUUCCAGAUGGAGACACUGCAGAGGAUGGAUACCAUGGCAUCUCUCCUGUUACAGCGUUUCCUCCUCAGAACGGUUAUGGACUGUAUGACAUGAUGGGAAACACAUGGGAAUGGACAUCCACACCCUUUCCAGGAGCACAACCAUCGUAUGUGCUGCGUGGUGCCUCCUGGAUUGACACGUUGGACGGUUCAGCCAAUCAUAAGGCACGAAUCACGACCAGGAUGGGCAACACUCCUGACUCUGCCUCUGAUAACCUGGGAUUCAGGUGUGCUGCCAACGAUGGACAGAAACAAGGGAAGAAGAAAGACACAACAGAGCUGUAGCAACAAACAGGAAGUCAAAAAUAUGAAGUGAGAGACAAUAAUGUUCAUCUGAACCAACAGUGAUUCAGGUGUUACUAUUGGAUCUGAUGACUUUCAAGUUGACAAAGAACAAGAAAAAAACGAGGGACCAAUAAAAUAUUAAUGACUAACAAGGAAAUUAAUUAAUGAUGAUGGUGAUAGGAAUGUUUGAGUGAAACAAACUGUAUUUCUCCCAUGGAGAUUUUUCUUAAAUGAAUUUGAUAAAGAAUAAACACAACCAUACUAAUACCUAACAUUCAAGUAAUAAAUCAUUUUCCUAAAAAAAAGGAAAAAAAAUAAGUUGUUCCUUGUUACUGUUUUUCCAUAACGUCGUAGUACACACCCCGAAAAAAAAAUCUCAUGCUGAUAAUUUUACAGGCAUGACUGAAGAGACUUGUUGGAAUGUCUCAUUGUCUAAUUUCACUGAAUGGAAGAAAAAUAGGACACUCUGUCAGCACUCGUGGUCUUCCUUCUGCACGCUGGGCUCUGUCUUUUGUUGAGUGUUUUUAUGUGACCGGAGAGUAAAUUGUUCAUUGGUUUAGUCACAGCCUAAUCCUGUCUUUGUCUUUUUGUUUACUUCCUCAUCACGAGUGGCCGGCUGGACUGAUUCUGUUAAACACAUCACAUAAGUUUUAUCAGAACUCCAGUUUUGUUUUGUUUAAGUAUCACGUCUCUGUAUAAAGCCAAGCCUUGUUUCUGUUCUCAAGAAAUGAUGAGUAUUUUUGAACUGGCCACAUAAUCCAGAGAUAUUAUGCAAGAGGAGUGAAAUGUGUUUUUAGUGACGAGGCAAAAUCAGAGCUGGCUGUUAGUUUCUUGUAACAUACAGUAAUUGGACAGUGUUGCAAUUUUUAAUUAGGCAUAUUGGAACUUUAACAUGUCUUAAAAAUGCAAUUUAAGUACUUUAAAUGUGACUUUUUUUCCCCAAAA